UGCGUGACCUGCUAAAUUGUAUAUACUUAAAAAAAAGAAAAGAAAUAAAACCACGUAAUGAAUAUGGAAAUUCCCAGAACCGACAAAAUGUCUUCAACGAAUGAUGGCUCCGAUGUUAAAAGAGGAAGAAACAAAACUUCAAAAUCAAGGAGGGAGACAGCCGUGAGCAUAACUUGGUCCAAGGCACGAAUGACUGCAGCAUUGUCAGCAAGUGCUCUAUGGCAGCCCAGGGUUACUUUGAUGACCCAUACCUGCAGGCUUUCGUCUUGAAAUUGACCCGACGAGCUCCUCUCAUACACAGGGGCUAUUAUGUCAGAGCCAAGGUUUUUGAAUACAUGCUAGAAAAGUUUCUGUCUACAAACAAAGGGCAAAAACAGAUCCUGUCCCUGGGUGCGGGGUUUGAUUCUUCCUACUUCCGACUGUAUUCCAAGGGGCUGCUUACUGACACAGUGCUGUAUGAGAUAGAUUUCCCAGAUCUGGUGAAAAGGAAGAGAGCCUUAAUAGAAGCUCAUCCUGAAAUGAUGGCAAUGAUUGGAACCCUGAAUGCAGAUCACUCCCAGAGAUGUCCACAAAUAGAGCUCAGCGGUUCCCAGUACAAGCUACUAGGGGUUGACCUAACACUGACCAACACUCUGGAUGCCGCUCUCAGUCUCUGUGGGGCAGAUUUUGACCAGCCAACACUGCUAUUGUCUGAAUGUGUCCUUACAUACAUGACCCGGAGAUGCUCUUCCAGUGUUAUAAAGUGGGCAGCAGAGACAUUCUGCAAUUCCGUGUUUGUUCUGUACGAGCAGAUCAACCCUGAUGAUUCAUUUGGAUUGUUCAUGCAGGGCCAUUACAACACCAUGGGUUCCCCUCUGAGAUGUCUCAACCACUUCCCAAUACUCCAGUCACAAGUGGACAGGUUCUAUACACAGGGUUGGGAGAAUGUUGGAGCCAUGGACCUGAACCAGUUUUACCUGACUGUACUUACUGGGGAGGAGAGAGAGAGGAUGGAACAGCUAGAGCCCUUUGAUGAAUAUGAGGAGCUACAUCUGAAGUGCUCACAUUACUUUGUUCUGUGUGGAAAUAAUGGGGACUGUCCCAAGCUCAUACAGGGAUGGAAGGAUUCGAAUCUUGACAAAGCUGGAGCAGAGCCUGUUUACCACAAGGACUGCAUCACCUUGACCACACCCAAUCUGUCCAGCUCUCCACUGCAGAGAUUUGGUCAUGUGACUUGUAGACUAUUGCCACAAGACACUGCUGGACUGUUGCCACGAGACACCACAGAGCUAUUGCCACAAAGUGUGGUGAACCUGGGAGGGUUCGGUGAACAAGGGGGCAAACAUAUGAGGGUCACAGAAUUAGUGAUCACUGACCUUACAACAUUGGAGUCACAAAUUGUGAAUCCAAAUGUGGACAACAAACUUGUUGAAGUGAGCAGAAUGCACGGGACAAUGUCAUGUUUAAAAGAUGGAAGACUGCUCCUGAUUGGUGGAAGAAUGUCACCAAUGAAAUUGUGUUCUCAGAUUAUCGCCAUAGAGAUAACCAAUCAGAAUUGCUCUCAGUCAGAUACUACAUGCAAUAGAGAUGUUAACAAAGAAUCAAAACAUUCAAAUAAUGAUGAAUCAAGACACUUAAGUGCUGAGUGUAGUAGUAAUUCAAAUCAAGUUACGAAAGAUUUCAAUAAUAAAUGUAACUAUUGUAACAAAAGUUUUGGUAAAAAAGAUACAUUUCAAAAAGAAGCUUUUGAGGAGAGGAAUCUUUGUAACUGUGACAGCCAAAUACCAUCUGUGAUACAAGCAACAAGUGAUGAAUCGAAGGGCUCGAACUUGUCAAAUGACUCGGCUGUAAGCAGUGAAACUCUGGAUAAACUAAAUCUGAAUGAUACUGAAAAUGAUGAUGGUCAACAUUCCCAGCUAGCCUGUGGUCAAUGUGAAAGUUUGAAGGUCGAGUGUACGGUGAUAGAGGGAACCUCUGGAGAAGCACCUUGCCCUAGAUGGCGCCACACAGCCGUCCAGUAUCAGAAUAAUGGGGUUGAGAGAAUCCUGGUGUUUGGAGGGAGAAACCAGUCACGACUGGCCCUGGGUGAUUGUUACAUGUAUACGCCAGAGGAAAACUUGUGGACAAAGAUUGAGACAUCCGGAGAUGCACCAACAGCCCGUCAUUCUCACACCGCCGAUAUGUGGCAGGGUCACAUGGUCAUAGCGGGUGGUCUCCUUGGUGAUAGCACCCCAAGCAGCAGUGUGCACCUCCUCAAUGUGGAGUUAAUGUCUUGGAAAAAAAUGGACAUAUGCAUUGAAGCCAGGUAUUCCCACAGCAGUCAUGUGAUUGGUGACUACUUGAUUCUGAUUGGAGGAGUGAGCCUCUCCCAUUGGCUUCCUGGAGUUGCCAUGGUGUAUCUCCCAUCAUGCCACAGUGCAGAAUUCUCACUACCUGACAUGGUGAAAGACAGCAUAGUAAUGCUUCAUCGCCAUACAAGUACUGUCCUAGAUGACACCACCAUCCUCAUCCUUGGGGGAGGAGGCAACUGCUUCUCAUUUGGCACACAUCUCAACUCCUCACCAGUACUGUUGGACAUCUCCAAAGCAUUUGAGGUCAUGGAAGGGUUGCAAAAACAUUGAGCCACUUAGUCCGGUUUAUCUCGGGACAGUUCUGGAUAAAACAAACCUAUAUUGCCGUAGUGGAAUACUAUUUUCUCAAGGCCAGUAAUGCUGGAUAUGAAGUAUGAACAUCAAUAAUACCUUAUGUUGAAAGAGGCACAAUAUCCCUGUCUCUUGAACUGCUAGAUAUCUUUAUCCUGUACCUAGGUUUCUGAUGUUAUGGAUAGGUUGGAUGAAUAUUUAUAUUUUUAAUUUUUAAAGAUGUUCUCUUAUUCCCAAAUAAGAUGUACCACAAUUAAUACAUUUGUUUUAAUUUUCUGAAAAGAAUGAAUUUAUAUUGAAAACAAUGGCUCUUAUGAAGGAUACCAUGUUUAUUUUGAAAGAAAGGUGCAGAAAACAUGAUAUAUCUACCUUAUGAGAUGAUAGUUUAUCACUGUAAAUCUUAAAGGACUCACCAAUCAUUUAAAAUGUGUACGUUUUCAGCUAUUUUAAACAAAAUAACAAUCUUGUUAUCAGUUAUUAAUAUUUUCCAUAAAUGCAUUAUUAAGUAAGAAGCUAAAAGUUUAUCACUUAAAUUCUAUGUAUGUUAUUCAUGUAAAUGUAUUGAUUUUAAAUACUAGUGUCUCCUUAAUCAUUUUGGACAACUCUUAAUUUUUCAUGCAGAAGGGGGGGUCCAGUGUGUUGCCCUGAAAUUACUAAAAGCACUCAGACAUCAACAAUUUGUACUAGGAACUUAAAAAUGCUUUAGAAAUGGAGUUUUCAAAAAAAACAUUGAGAUUUACAUUCCUCCCAGAAUAGCAUUAUUCUAUAGUUAGUCUAAAAAAGAUUUAAGGAGACAUUUAGAAUUACAACAAAUUACAUGUAAAAGUAAAGUUGGUUUUAUAACACUUAUGCAUAGAAACAAAUUUUCCCGGUGUUUUAUGUAAAAGUUUCUGAGUGUUUAGCGCAAAAUAUCUCUGUACUAGCCCAUGCAUGUGGGAAACUGUUCAAUAACACACAUUGUAAAUGCCUUGGCAAACACAUGAGCGUAAACACUCAUCUUUGAUGGAUUGUUUUGUUUUGCUAUUUCAUGUGCCCAGGCUCCCCAGCUGAGUAUUUAACUGCUUUUGAAUCUCUGUGAGGGAAUGUUCACAUAACUGUUUGUUGAAUUGAAAUAGAAUAAAAUGCAAAUAUUACCUAUGGCUAAAAUAAAAAUUCUUGGACUGAAGUGAUCAUUGGAAACUUACAUGUAACUCACAAAUGUUUUGCCCUUAGAUUUACAUGCAGGUCUAAAAAGUACAUUGAUUGUACAUAAACAUAUUUUACUAUUAUUGUUCUGUAUGCAUGGUUUAAAAGCCAUGUCAGCUGUGCAGGACCCAUCAUAUUCAAUAUCUUCUUGAGUCUGAUUUAUAGACUACAAUUCUCAAUUUCAUGGCAAAAUUGCUAUUUGAAGUGCAAUGAUGAAAAAUAUUGCUACUUAAGGAAUGAAUUGCGGGGUUCAUUAUCGGGGUAUGAAGGCAAUUGGGCUGGUCUAAGUGUGUGGAGUCCGAAGGACUCCACGCGUACUUUGACCAGCCCAAUUGCGUUCAUAUCCCCAAUAAUCACAAUUCAUUCCUUAUAUUUACACCAAUACUUCAUUUCAUUGAGGAUAACAUUUUAGUUAUCCUUUCUUACCCAUUCUGUAAAUAGAACGACCCGACUGUAACCAGAAACACUUUUCAAAUGACGUCACAAUAACGCGGGAAAAGAUUUACCGUUUGAAACACUUUUGGCAACAAUACGUUUAAAGUAUAAUAACUUAACACUUUCAUAAAUGUUGAUUUAUAUUUUACGGUGCCUGCUGACACAAUACAAACAAUUACAAGAUCAAUAUAGUUUUUAUGUAUAUUGUUAUGCUAUGAAUUGCGAUCCGAACAUAUCUGAAGAUGUUGCAUACAUCGAUUGAUAAAAGCAAUUGCCAAAAGGCAGAUCAUUUAAGGAAUGGAAGUUGAGGUGUAAAUAUAUAUGUUUAAAAUAACAUAUUUUACAAUACUUUACACAUCUAUGCUCAAAAAUAAUUUCAUAAAAUUACCUUUUAAAGAUUCACUAUUACUCCCAAAUAAGACAUACCAUAAUUAAUAGAAUUGUUUUAAUUAACUGAAAAGGAUGACAAAAUUCUGACAACAAUAGUUCUUGUGAAGGAUACCUUGACGAAUUUGAAAGAAAGGUGCAGAAAACAUGGUAUUUCUGCCUUAUGAGACAAAUAGUUGAUCACUGUAAAUCUUGUAGGACCCAUCAGUCAUUUAAUAUUUGUGCGUUUUCAGCUAUCAAAUACACAGUUACAAUCUUUGAUUGAUAUUUUCCCAUAAAUGCAUUAUUUAGUAAGUAGUUAAAAGUUUAUCACUCAAACUUUUAUGUUUUUUAUGCAUGAAUAUGUAUUGAUUUUAGAUACGAGUGUCACUUUAACAUCUCUUACUCAAGAUAGUAAUGAAUAUGGGUUAUUGAUUUUCGCUGGUUUUCUAUGAUUUUUGUUAAAAUUAUAAAUGUAUUACAUAGUAUUUUAAACUUGCUAUUGCAAUUGUAUAAACUUAAAAUACAUUGUGUUAAACACUUGAUAUGUACAUAUAUACAUUGUUUGGGGGAGGGCCCAACUGAUGUUGGCAUAACUUGUGGCCCCACUCCCUUUGCAUGUUUGAUAACAAACUAUUUGUCUCAAAUACUAUAUAAUCCUGUUUAUGCUGUAUUGAUUAUUUCAUUGAAAUAAUAUUCAUGCCAUAAAAUACUAUGAA